AUGGGUGCUCGUAGAUUUUUAUCAUCUAAUCAUAAGUGGCGGAGUAAUAAACGUGAUUUUGAUGGAAAAGUAGAAAGAAGAUCUGCUCCAGAAGUUCUUUCUGGAAAGGAUGUUUUAAACCAAUUGCUUACUUUGGAGGACAUGAAAUUUGAUGUGAUGCAUAUUGAGAAAAAUGUGUGCAAUAAUAUCAUUGGGACAUUAUUAGAUAUUGAAGGAAAAACAAAAGAUAAUUUGAAUGCUUGUCAUGAUUUGAAGGAAAUGGGUAUAAGAUGUGAGUUGCAUCCAUCUCAAAGGGAUGGAAGAUGGUGUUAUCCGGCAGCAUGCUAUUCUUUAUCAGCAGAUGAGAAGUCUAAAGUGAAGUCAGAAGAUCGUAAAAUUUAUGGACUGAAGAGUCAUGAUUCUCAUAUUCUAUUGGAACAAUUGCUUCCUUUUGCAAUUCGCGGAGUCGUGCCAAAUAAUGUAUAUGAUGCUAUCACUGAGUUAAGUAUUUUCUUCAGAGAAUUGUGCUCGAAAACAUUAAGGGUUGAUGUGUUGGACCAACUUGCAACUCAAAUUCCUAUAACAUUGAGCAAAUUAGAGAAAAUAUUUCUACCGGCAUUUUUUGAUGUUAUGGUACACUUAGUCAUUCAUCUUCCAAGAGAGGCUAAGCUUGGUGGACCUGUACAAUAUAGGUGGAUGUACCCAACUGAGCGAUUUUUACGCAUAUUGAAAUGUUAUGUUCGUAAUAGAAAUCAACCUGAAGGAUCUAUUGCAGAGGGAUAUGAUCGAAUGGAUAAGAAUUAUGAAGAUGAUCGUAUUAAGACAUAUAGUGGAUUAUCCGUAUUUGAAAGAAAAGGUUCUCCUUUAUUAAGAGAUGCAUCCAGAAAACUUGAAGAGUUAGAGAGAAAACAAGCUCAUCUUUAUGUUUUAAGAAAUUGCGAAGAAGUGCAACCAUUUUUACGUGAGUAUGAGCAGAGUUAUAAAAGCAUGAACUUUGAUGAUUGGUUUUUUCAUCGGAUUGUACAAAUGUGCAAAGAAAAAAAUGAACUCGCAACCUGUGAAUUGUAUUCUUUGGCUAGAGGCCCUUUUGAUGGUGUUCAAAGAUUCAAGGGGUAUGAAAUAAACGGGUUUAGAUUUCAUACUAAACUACUUGAGGAAACGAGGAAGACCCAAAAUAGUGGUGUUUUAGUAAGAGGAGAAGCGAAUGGUAAGAAUAUUAGUUACUAUGGUGUUUUGACUGAAAUAAUAGAACUUCAAUAUUUUGAAGGUAAACGGGUUGUUUUGAUUAAGUGUGAUUGGUGGGAUGUUGAUCACAUCGGAAUAGGAGUGAAAAUAGAUAAACAUGAUUUUGUUAGUGUUAACACUAAGCGAAAACUAGUAACAGAUGAACCAUUUGUGCUUGCAUCUCAAGCAGAACAAGUUUUUUAUGUCAAGGACCAUCUUCAUCCCAGUUGGUCAAUUGUUUUGAAUGGUCAUUCUACCUAUUUUACCGGAGGUGCUAUUGAUGAAGAUACUUUUCAACAAGAUGCUUGUAAUGAGUUAUUGCAUAUAUGUGAGGAUGAUGAAGACAUUAUGAAUUGGAAAAGAAAUGAUCUUGAUGUUAUCCGUACUGAUACCUUGGCUGAUGAUACUAUUGAAGUCAGUGAAUCAGAACCAGAAACUGAUGAUGAAUAUUUUUUAUUAUAG